UCAACCCUCUCUCCUUCAGCAUUAGUCGGUCUCAAGCUAGUGGUCUGACGCUGCUAGUGUAAGCUCAGGUGCAAGCUCGAAUACUGUAUCUUGCAAUUCUUGGAGGCUUCAGUAGUACAUUUGAAUGUGCUCCACCGCCUGUAGACGUUCCAGCUGAGUUUGACUGAAGCCUGAAUUUGAGUGAAGCCCUCCUGCUGUACUGUAGCUCCCACGAGAUCAACGCGUACUUCUCACCGCAUCAGCAUUCAACCUCCCACAUUUUCAACCUGUCGUUCGCACCGCAUCAGCUCCAGUUUCCCCACAAUCCGUCCGCCAUGCUUCCCGUCUUGGCGGCGGACACAAGUCCGUCUAUGUUCUAAGACCCCUCAAAACCAUUCACUACUUACCACCUCACCUCAUCAGCUCCUGAUUCCCAUCAACUUAUAUUUCCCGUCGGAUCCUCGCCUAGCCGCCAUGCUUCUCGUCUUCGUGGCGGACGCGAGUCCGUCCCUGUUCUAGGCCCAUGUUUUAAUUUUGAGGCGCCUCAAAACUAGACUUCUAUUUCGUGGCGGACACGACUCCGUCCCUGUUCGAGGCCCAUGUUUUAAGGCCCCCUAGGACCCCUGAAAACCAUUCACUACUUCCCACCUCAUCACCUUCUGAUUCCCGCCAGCCUCUAUUUCCCAUCAAGCUAUAAUUCCCGUUGUUAACAUCGUUCACGAGUCUACGAGUUCCCAACAGGUCAGCGUGUAGCACUCAGUCAGUCAUCCCCACCUGCCGCCAUCAUGCUGCUGGUGUUCGUGGUGGGCACGAGUCCGGCCGUGCUCUGAGGCGUCCCACAACGAGGUGACUUUUGAGUCGACUCAAAAUGCUCUGAGGCGUCCCAGAACCACGCGCGAGUCUACGCUUUCCCCUCGCACCGAUCAGCGUGUAGCUCGCACCGAUUCAACCAUAGCCAUCAUGCUGCUGGUGUUCGUGGUGGACACGAGUCCGUCCAUGGGCCAGCGCAUCGCCAACGGGCUCACGCUGCUCGAUUGCGCUAAGAGCGGCAUCGAGCACUUCCAUAAGGUUCGGCAACGAGACAUUUCUGCCAGAUCCGAUAGGUACAUGCUGGUGACAUGCGACGAAGGCGCAUCAGCUAUCAAGGUGGUCGACCGCUUCCCCUUCGCCAGUUUCCUGCGAGUUCUCAAGGCCGUCAAGGUGGGGGGUCUCUCGUCCAUCGGCCAAUCACUGCGUGCCACGUUUGACCUGCUGCACACUCAGCGCCUCGCUGCAGACGUGGACAGAUGGGGCAUGGGUCGCAAUCUCGCAUCUGUGGAUCCGACGGUCGUCAUGCUUCUCACGGAUGGCACACAUUUCACAUCGCGCUUUGGCAUGUCAACCAGCCUGGCCCUACCCGCCAUCAGCAAAAGCUCAUCGCCGGCAUCUGACUUGAGCUCGCAGCCGUUCCGAUGGGAGCAGCGCGUGCUGGCCACCAUCCUGCGCAUCCCGUGCGUCAAACCGGAGCACCUUGAGAGGAUCGGCCCUCUGCCUGCUGCUGGGCCCAUCUCGGAGUCGCCUGCUGCCGUUGCGGUUGACACGAGUAUCUCGGCGCUCUGUGAAUCCACCGGUGGCAAGUGCAGUGUGGUAACCAGCUGGAAGAUGCUCUUCCAGCACCUAGAUAUUGUCGCCUCUCGCCUCUCGCCAGCUGUCAUCGUCUCAUUCGACCACGUCCCCCUGCCGGGCGGCGCACCCAUGCCACCCCAAGUCCAUGCGGCAUGCCAGCGAAAACUACUGUUCAUUCGCAACCUGCCUUCCGCCGGACCUGCAGGCUCGGCGGCAGGCUUGGCAGGCUCGCUGUCAGCUGCAUUAGGCCCUCCCGGAGCAGCAGCUUCGGCAGGGCAGCUUGGCUCGGCAGCGCAGCAGCAGGGGCCCGACCCUCAAGUGGUUUGGCCCAUACCUGAGGCAUUCUGGCCGGAUUUCACCACUCCUUGUACCGCUGCUGUGGUAGUAGGGUCGGGGCAGGCACAGGGGGAGGGAGAGCGAGGGGAGAGAGGGGAGAAAGGGGAGAGGCCCUCCUCUCUUCCCCCUCGCGACCCGCACCCGGUGAUAACCUAUCGGGCGGUGGAUACUGACGCACGUUUGCCGCCCGGGAUAGUAGCAGACAAGUACGAGAUCGAAGGGUGCCCCAUCCUGGGGUUUCUCAGCAAGGCUGGGCCCAACGUGUGCUGGCAGGUGUUUGUGCGGGGGAGCAAGGGUCCGCGGCACGGCCUCGGGGAUCCCUUUGGCUAUCUGAGAGUGAACCGUCCAGGCAGCUCACUGACUCUACACGUCCUGCCGUACAACUACCCUGCGCUUUUCCCUCUUAUAGAGCAACUCCAACGAAUGCCGCCCCAUUCAAGAGCCUCUCCCCCGGUCGGCUGGCGGCACGAUUUCGAGCGUUACUGUGCCGGCGUCCCUCCGUACUAUGCCGCCCCGCUCCGAGCCGCGCUGCGCAGGCUCGGCGUGACAGCGGUAGGCUCGGCGGUACCGGACCUGAUGGAUGCCAGCCUGGCAGCAGGCCCAGUGGCCUCGCAGCUUCGGCGGUGGCGUGUGAAGGCGAAAGGGGAGAUAGAAGAUCGGCUGCAGGAGAUUGCAAAGACGGCCAAUCAGAUGGCUCAAUCUGCUGCUGCUCGCCCGCCUCCUCUGCCCACACUCUCCUUCAAGAUCCCUCUGCCCUCCGUGGCACCACUCCCGGCAUUCCUACCGCCACCUGACAAACCACAUCCACAACGGCAGCAACAGCAGCAGCAGCAACAGCAGCAGCAGCACCAGCAGAAGCAACUGCAUCAGCAGCAGCAGCAGAAGCCACUGCAAACGCAGCAGCAGCAGCAGCAACAGCAAUACCACGUAGUGCAGCUGCUUCCACCCCCGCCGCCACCUCGGUCCUUCCCUGUCUUCCCCAUCCCUCCACCCCCCGCCGCUCACUCCCACCCGCCCUUUGCCUCGACCAAUCCACACGCUCCAUCGGACCCUCCUUCCCUCCCUGUAUCUGUGGAGGUUGGGGAGGCUGGUGUUUCCGGUGGUGCUUACAGUGCUGCUUCUUAUGGUGCCGGUGCUUAUAGCACUGGUGCGUCUAACGGUGGUGCUUAUGGUGCUGGUGCUGGUCCUGCUAAGCCUGGUGCUGCUGCUGGUGGUGCUGCUGGGGGGUCAGGGGCGGGUUUGGGGGGUGUUGGUGCAGGGGGGGAAGGGAAAGGGCGCCAGGCAACCAUCUUCUCGAAUCCGUUUGAAGUUUCACGAGAGGAUUCGCUGAGGCAAGUGCUUCAGCUGCCGCUUCGCCUUGCCGCCAUUCUCAGCAGCAGCAGCAGCAGCAGCACAGUUGCUGGCAGCGCACUCGGAGCAUCUUCCGCACAGCGGUCCACACUAUCUCAGCAGCAAUGGUCGAAGAGAGCUGGCCAAGGGGCGAAGGGAGAAGCUUUCGCGCUAGACCCCAUUCAGGAGGAACGGGUGCUGCUGCAGGGAGGGGGGGGUCGACCAAAGGGGGAAGCUGCGCCUGCUUCUGCAGCAGCAGCAGCAGCUAGGGCGCCGUUGUUCCCUGGUGGUUAUGACGUGGACAGGUGGCGGGCUCUGAUUGGCGUUGUGGGGAAGUGGGCGCUGCUGGCCGAAGAGGAGGCGAAGCACACAGUCAGCAUUGAAAAGAUGGGUGAUUUCAAUGACGCACUCCAGAGGCAGCAACCGCCGCGCAGCCCCUACAUCGACGAUCAGGAUCGCAUCAAGGCAGCACGGACGGCCUUUGGCAAUCCGUACCGGCAGGACAAGCCGGACAUGCCCACAGCCAACGAGGCCUUCCUGCGCCUGGACGAGCAGAGUGCAGGCGCACCCAGUGCAGGCUCUUCUGGCGCUGCUAGCAGUGCUGCUGGUGGUGGUGGUGCCUCUGGCGGUGCUGCUGCUGGUGCGUCCGGCAGUCCUAACAGCCCUGCGGGUGGGGCGUUUGGGGCGGGGGGCGGCAGCAACGCUGCUGCUUCUCCCAGUGUGCUGGCUCUUGCCCGCGCCCAGAAGAGGCGGCGCCGGUCAGAGUCCCCCGCACCGCCGUCUCCAUCCCCCCCCAUGUCUCCUCACGCCUCUCCUCCUCCCUCUCCCUCUCCUCCCUCUCACACUCCCUCUCCCGCUCCUCCCUCUCACACUCCCCCAUCCUCGCCUUCACCCCGUGCAUUACCUGUCCAAGCCUCACCAUCAGCUCCUGCUGCGCGCCCAGCCGCUCAAAGCGGCAGUCUGGAGGGGCUAGUGCCUCCAGCUGCCGCUGCUGCUGCACCUGUUUCUGCUGCUGCUGCAAGCUCUGGUCCAACUGUUGCCCGACCACCAGGCAUUGGUGCCGCUGCCUCUGGUUCCCGUCCCGCUCCAGCAGCAGCAGCAGCAGCAGCAGCAGCAGCAGCAGGUGGAAGAACCUCCGUACCUGCACCAUCCACUCCCACGGCCACUGCAGCAGCAGUUACAGCAGGAGCCACAGCAGCAGUUGCAGAUACACCCGUCGAAGCAGCUACAGCUGCAGGCUGCGUUGAUGCAGCAGCAGGUGCUGCUGCUGCUUCUGCAGUAGCUCCUGCUGUUUCUGCAGUGGCGAAGCCACCAGAUCUCCCUCCUGCCACUCGCACCACCGUUGCUCCAGCCUCGGCAGAAGAAGUCAAGCGAAGCGAGCUUAGCCAUCCACUGUUCAUGCCGGAGAGCUGUUACCGGGCGGCACAAGCAAUGGAGAGGAGACAACAGAAGGCCAUGCAAUGGCCCAGAGGAGCAGCAGCAGGGGAGGAUCGAGGAACGGGGCUGGGGAGACGGGUAGGAGCAGCUGUAGAGGGUAGAGAAACUGGGGCAGCAGGGGAGACAAGAGAAAGGACUGUAGCAGGGGAGGGUAGAGGAGCAGGGGAAGGUAGAGGAAUAGGGGAGGGUAGAGAAGGAACGGAAGGUAGAGGAACAGGGACAAAGAAACGGAGGGUGAUAGGGGAGGGGGAGUCACGGGAGUGGACCGUAGAUUUGGGACUGGAGGAGAGGGUGGAGGAGCAGGAGGGGGUUGUGGCGUUGGCCAUGCGGAGGGGCAAUCCUCUCUGGCGCACUGUGCGCACGCCAGCUGGCAAUGAGAGGGACCAGGAGGAGGUGGUAGACUUCUUGCUGUCGAUUUACCGCGUGCUGCGGUCAGCGCGUCCUAACAACACAAAACAGCUCUUUGCCCUUCUCUCAGUUCCCGACUUCCCCGUGGACAAGCACCAUUUUGUACAACAGCUUGUGGAAAAGGCACGUAGAUUCAACAAGCCGUUCCUUGUGAGGGAGCUGUCAGAUUACCUUGCAGCUCCUUCAACAUGAGCAUAUUCUUUGAUCAGACAAUAUUGUAUUGUGUUUUGUUAUACAGUUCGUGCUCAUCACGAGCAUCAAUAUAUCGGCUUAUCUUCG